AGGAAUUUUCGCCUCCGUGAAUCUGCCUUCCUCUCUGCCGAAGCCGAAGAGAUCUUCGGUUUACCUAAGCGCCUUUCUCCGCUGAAGCCGAAGAGGUAAUCGCUUACUGUUAUCGCCGUCCCGCGAACUUCCAAUCAUCAAUUUGCCAAGAUGACUAUUAAUGCCCAAAUUAUAAACUCGACGGCUCAGCAUUCAUCUACACAGUUUUCUGGAUUUUGCCAUUCAGAAAGAUUCAAGCGACAAACCUUCAGCAGCUGUAUCGCGAGUAUAAAACUAGCGAAGGAGGUCGUUAAAGGCCUUAAAAAGCUUAUUGGACACAGGAAUCCAAAGGAUAAUUUGAGUAGGCUGCAUGACAAAGGCAAGGAAAUUCCAAAGACAAUGAAACAUCUAAGCAAGCUUUUCCCGAAUAAAGUGACAAUCCAGUUACCACAGGAUGAAACCCAACUUGAAGAUUGGAAAAAUCUUUUGGACCGCGAUGUUGAAACUCUUAAAGCCAAAGCCAAUACAUUGAGCAUUCAAUCUUACAAACUCCUUACAUGAUCUUCACCAGCCUUGAGGAUUACAAAGCAAGAGGAACUCAAGCAAGCCCUUACUUCACUGUCACCUACUACACUGAGUUUGCGUAGACCAAGGGAUUUGUGCUCGUUCGCGGAAACAAUGUGCUCACCAGCAAGCUUACUGAUGAUGAAGCACAAUGGCUUGUUCAAACUACUCACUCUUUUUAUCUGAACGACACACAAUACAAGCUCGUGGAAAGGUUUAACAAAGAGGCUCGUGAGUUUGAGUUAAAAGAUUUCCUCCAAGCACUCAAAAUGCCCAUCUUGUAAGUCCUACAGUCUUCUGUUGCAAAGUGAGGAAUCAGCUUGACAUAGUAUGUAGGUGAUUCCGUAGGUUGUUUAGUUUAAUGCAGAAAGAAAGUAUAGUAAAAUUUGCAAUGACAAA